ACAACCUAACACAGAAUUUACAGUUAACAUUUUACUAUUUCAGUAGAUUUUUAAGUUUAGACUGUUUAGAGUAACAUACAUAACUUAAUCUGAAGUGCAAUGGCUUUUAUUUUUAGUGAUGUGUGUUACGAUGCAGAUGGAAAUAUAAUUGAUAACACAAAUAAAAAAGAAAUUCUUUGUAAAAUUAGAGAAGAAAAUAAUUCAAAUAUUAUUGAACAAUUCAUUCCCAAAUUCACAAAUUUGGUUGAAAAUGGUUUUGUUAUGUAUGGUGAUGAAGAAAAUGAUGCUGCCAAAAUUCAAGACCAAGACCAAAAUACAGAAACAGAACAGUUGACAAGUACAAUAAAUAAGGCUAUUGAAAUCCAAAUUCAAGAAAAAAAUACCGAAAUAGUGCAGUCGACAAUGAGAAUGGAAAUCGCUGUCUACAUAAUCUUUUAUAAUAGUAUCUAUAGGAUGCUGUAGCCUUACAUGACUAUGACGACUCAAUAACAACUUCAGUAUUUUUAUAUUUGUACUUCUUUUAUAUUGUAAUAUAUUCCAACAUAACUGUCUAUAUUUUAGAACAGUUGAUUGAGACUGCAUAAUAUAGCUUAGAAUUACUACAUAGUACUAAUUUGCUUUCAUCAU